CACAUAUCACAAGUGGCCAUGUUCUGACAGUGGUUCCAAAACAUGCAUCAAGACUCCCAAAAAAAAUCUUGGUUUAUGAGACAGUCCUAAUGGGUCGGGUGCCUAUGUAUAGCUAAAAGCAAAUGAAUGACCUGCACGUUUUAGUCUUUCCCAUGCUCCGAGAUCUACACCAAGUACCUCCCGGUAGGUGGACGCUUCGUGGCAGCUAUGACGACAACCUCCCACACCGACGCGCAGAAGCACCUGGAGUGCCUCGACGUACUUAAAGGACGGCGGUCACGAUACACAUGGUUCAGAUGUAGAGUAAUAUCUACCUGGCUCUCAAUUCACUUACACGCCGAUAAUAGCAUCACAGUACCAGACAACAGCAUCCAGCAACAAUGACGCCUCCUCUUAUCGCCCUCGAGGAGCACUUCUUCUCCUCGGCGGUUCCUGAAUGCCUCAAGCCAAAGUACUCGGAACAGCUGAAGCAUGUCGAUGGCGUAUAUGACAAGGCCGUCGAUCUCGGCGCUCUACGCCUCCGUGACAUGGACGCUGGUGGUGUCGCACUUCAGGUCAUCAGCCACGUACCAGGUCUUUCUGACCAUCCCGUCGCCUGCCAUGCCGCAAACGACCAACUUGCCGGUGUUAUCAAUGCCAAAGAUCAACGCAAAGCCCGCUUUGCCGGGUUCGCCGUGGCACCCAUGGGCCAUCCAGUCCAGGCAGCCGCAGAGCUUCGCCGAGCCAUCACCGAGCUGGGUUUCGUGGGUGCCCUGGUUGACAACCACCACAAUGGCAGGUUCUUCGAUGGGCCUGAAUACGAACCGUUCUGGGCAGCAGCCGAGGAGCUCGAUGUACCGAUAUACCUUCACCCAACGUGGGCCAGCGAAGACAUGGCCCCACAUUAUCAAGGUAACUUCACCCAAGGGGCGGCCAUGAGUAUGGCUUCGAGCGGGUUGGGAUGGCAUACCGAGACAGCACUGCAUGUUCUUCGUCUGUUCGCCUCAGGCUUGUUCGACAGGCACCCUAAGCUCAAGAUAAUCAUCGGCCACAUGGGGGAGACGAUACCCUUCAUGUUGGAACGGAUCCAGGUCUUGAGUCGCAGAUGGGGGGAUUUCCAGCGAGACUUCAAAACCGUCUAUGACGAGAACAUAUGGAUCACCACAAGCGGCGUUUGGAGUCUCAACCCAUUGAGGUGCAUUUUGGCGAACACGAAGCUGGAUCACAUCCUGUAUAGUGUCGAUUAUCCCUUUCAGCAAAACGAGAUUGGCCUUGAAUGGAUCCACGAUUUGGAAAAGAGCGGGUUGGUCAGUAAGGAGGAACUUGAGGCGAUUGCGCACGGGAACGCAGAGAAGCUCUUGAGAGUACAGGUGCCCAAGCUUUGAAGGUUGACGGGAGGUUGUGUGGGUUUGCAAAGAGCUUGUUGUUGAUUAUAAUGUCGAGAUGUGGAAAUUGUUCAUCCAGUACUUAUCAUAUCCUCCUGCUUUGGGUGGUCGGUUUCCUGUUCGAUUUUGGGCUUGUUCGGCGUCGAGAAGAAAUGGAAGGCAUGGAAUAAAUUUUGUUGCGUUGAAAUGGUUGAAUUUAUCGUCUGUAACUAUUUCCCAUCCAGGCUGCCAAUAGUGUCGAAUGUAUAGGGCAUCUCAGAGA